AGUUGUUAACUUGUCAACAUUUGCCGCAUGCGCAGUUCAGGCCUUUGACUAGUGUGUUAACACGCGUUUGCUCUAUGCUCACUUUGGGAAAAGUCUGAUUUAUAAUCACAUUGCUUAUCUUCAAAAUAGAUUUUCCGUAGACAUGGGAGGUCAGGCAAAGAGCAGUAAGAAGAACAACAAACCGAAGAGGAAAAACCACCGAACUAAAAAGGGAGAUGGAGGAUUUGUUGAUCUGUCACCCCAAGAAAGGAUGAAGCUAAGGAUGCACGAGAAAGCGAAGAAGAAGACAUCUGAGAAAUAUUCAGUGGAUCAGCUACUCGAGAAGACUGAAGAAUACAUGGACAGUUUUGACUUUGAGAUGGCUGGACUCUUCUGUCAGCGCGCCCUGGAUGUGGACCCCAACAACCUGCAAGCACUUGACAUGCAGGGACACAUCUGCUCUGAGUUGGGAGACACACAGAAAGCCAAAGGAGUUUUUCUACGUGCAGUUGAGCUGAGUCCAGAUGAAGGCCACAGUAAAUACAUGUACCUGGGACAAAUUCACACCGGGUCAGAGGCUGUUGGUUACUACACUAAAGGGAUACAAGUCCUGUUGUCAACAUUGGAGAAACAAGAAUCCAAAUCAGCUCAAGCUGGAGCUGCUGCUGCACCAGUUGAAGAUCAGGAGCUCCCAUCUGAAAAGGAUGUCAGUGUGGCGUACUGCUCCAUCGCUGAGAUUUAUUUAACAGAUCUCUGCAUGGAAGAAGGUGCUGCAGACAAGUGCCGGGAGUCUAUUGAAAUGGCAUUAAAGUAUCAGCACGACAACCCCGAGGCUCUCCAGCUUAUGGCCAGUUACCUGUUUAGUGCAGAAAGAAACCAGGAGGGCAAAGAGUACCUGUUGAAAAGCGUUGGAACUUGGCUCCCAGCACAAAAACAGAGCACAUCCUCCUCCAGCGCAGAGGAAGACGCGCAGAAAGUCAUCCCUCCGUACGAGUCCCGCAUCACCACAGCCAAACUGCUCAUAGAGUGUGAGGAGUACGAGAUGGCGGUAGACGUUCUGGAGGGUCUUCUGGAAGAAGAUGAUGAAGUUGUCCAGGUGUGGUAUCUCUCUGGCUGGGUAUGCUACCUCCAGUGGGAAAAAGCAAAGGAGCAGCAAGAAGCCGAGGGAAGAGAGGUGACAGGGGAGGAGAAGGAGGAAUGGGAAGCUCUGCAGGAGGCCGCCAGAUCCUACCUGACUAAUGCAAAGAAACUGUACAGUAAGCUGCGAUGUGACGAUAAGCCGAUGUUGGAGCACACUGAGCAGCUGCUGGGUGAACUAGGAGGAGAUAUGGAGCCACAGGAAGAAGAUGAAGCCUUGGAUGAUGACUACGAGCCCUGCAGUGAUGAGGACGAGAACAGUGAUGCAGAAGCUCCCAUGGAGCACUGAACUCACCACCUCGCCUCUUGUUAUCUGCUUUCCCAUCCCACCUUCCAGCAGAUUUUGUAUGCUAUCUACAGUGCCUUUCUAAAUGUAUUUUUUUCCCUUUCUUGCCUCCUUAUCAAAGAUUAAACCGAUAUGUACAGAGUGGAAUUAAAAGCUGCAGUCUGCUCGCUCUUUCA